ACUUGCAAACAUGUAAUAGAUCAGUUUGUUUUGGUCGGAAAGCACUGUUUGAGAAAUCGUCCUAAGCAGAACGAAUCGAACUCAUUAGAUCUUUGUUGAAAAUGAACACUAUCUGCCGUCUCUGUUUACGGGACUCGCCGGGCAUGCGGCCGCUGUUCGAAACGGUUGUAGGCGAAACCUCGCUAAUCGAAAUAAUCUUGUCCACUCUUGGAGUAGAGCUCGAUAACAGCCCGGAUCUUCCCCGUCAAAUUUGUCAGCUUUGUCUGAAAAAUGUGAACUCACUAAAUGAUUUUCAUCGGGAACUCAUCAAAAGCCAAACACUGUUGAAUCAAUGGAAAAAGGGAGGCAAAGCUGUAAUUGAGGUCGUCAUCAAUUCCCAAGAACCCAGCUAUAACAACCUUGAACAUAAUGAAGAAGUCGUAACAUAUAACCAGAACUCAAGCGUUUCAACAGAACAAAUUGUAAUAGACAGCAGCUCCGAAAGUAGCAUUUAUUAUGACGAAUUUUCAGAUUCAAUUCAGGAGCAGAUAGAACAUGAAUCCAUUGAUAUUACACAUGAGCUAUUGGAUUCCGAUAAUGGAGAAAUGAUUGAUAAUGAGACGACCAACAGCAAUGAAAAUGAUAAUAGAAAACCUAGUCUGCCAAAGAAACGAAAAGAGAAGGAACCAAAUGAAGUGCCGCACAUUCUCUUCAAAUGUUAUAUUUGCGGUCCUGUUCUCGGAGAUGUAGUGGAAUACAAUUACCACCUUAACAGUCACAAGGAGAUGUUACCUUAUCAGUGUUCAGAGUGCACGACAGUGGCGAAUCCUAUCGUCCUUACUACCGUAGUCACUCUCAACAGGCAUUUCGAAAGCCAUGGCUUCAACUUCGUUUGUUCAAAGUGUCCACUCCGCUAUCGGACGAAAAGUUCGCGCUAUUAUCACAUGCGGAGCACUCAUAAGGAAUAUCGCUGUCAAACGUGCGAUGCAUCGUACACAAACUAUCACCUGUUCCGGGGUCAUGUUCGCAGCCAUUUAACCGAGGUCGUGAUCGAAAAUACCACGCCAGAUGUACAUAAAUGUGAAUUUUGUCCAAAAACAUAUCCAUCGUUCGAAAGUCUUCUGCGACAUGCGGUAUACCACAAGAAGGAGAAACGCAUUUGUAGGUGGUGCAACAGAACUUUUGUUUCUGUGAUUAGUUUUUAUAAGCAUGAGAAGCGAUGUGAGAAAGAAAUGUCUAUUUUAACAAACGGGUUUCACUAAAGGGAUUUUUACGUGUACAUAUGUGAAAUUUAUUUUCAAGUUAUGCUAGCGAUGUACGUUUUCUGAUGCGAUUAAUAUACGUAAAAAUUUGAAAAACUA